AUGAGGACGUUGCUCCAGUGCUACCUCCCCGCGUCCGAGCACGCAUACGUGCUGAAGGUAACCAAAGUCAUCAAGGAUGAGCUUGGAGAUAAGAAAUUCUCGAUACUUAUUGAUGAGGCUAGAGAUUGCUCAAUAAAGGAGGAAAUGGCAAUAAUUUUGAGAUUUUUAGAUGAUCACGGAGAACUUCAAGAGAGAUUUCUUGCUAUUAAGCACAUCACAGAUUGUACAUCUGCCGGAACUAAAGAAGCAUUGGUUCAUGUGUUGGAGUACCAUGGCCUGCCUAUUAAUAGGCUACGUGGACAGGGUUACGACGGGGCUUCAAAUAUGAGAGGUGAAUUCAACGGUUUGCAAAAGCUAAUUCGUGAUGAGAGUCCAUAUGCUUUCUUUGUUCACUGCUUUGCCCAUCAGUUGCAGUUAGUGGUUGUCACAGUGGCUCAGUGUUGUCCAGUUAUUGCUGAUUUUUUCAACUACCUUCCCUUGAUAGUGACUCAGGUGAGUUCAUCUUGCAAAAGGAAGGAUGCAUUGCUUGCAAAACAUCAAGACAACUUGAUAGAAAUGAUGGAAAAUUGUAAGAUAUCAUCUGGAACUGGGUUACAUCAAGAAACUAACCUAGCUAGACCAGGAGCUACUCAUUGGGGCUCACAUCUUAGAACCUUGCUUCGUAUGUACACAAUGUGGAAUGCAGUGGUGGAUGUGCUUGCAAUUGUGGUUGACGAUGCCCGGGAACACACUUCUCAAGGUGGAGCUUCAGGUUUGAUCAUACAGAUGGAAUGCUUCCAGUUUGUGUUCAUCAUGCUAUUCUUAAUAAACUUGUUGAGCAUCACUAAUUUGCUAUCACAAGCUUUGCAAAGAAAGAAACAAGAUGUUGUUGAAGCCAUGCGUUUGAUCUUGGAUGUGAAAGAAGCUUUGCAAAAUAUGAGGGACAAUGGGUAUGAGUCAUUAUGCGACCAAGCAAACAACUUCUGUGAGGAACAUGGCAUUGAGGUGCCAAAUAUGGAUGAUCUUGUAGGAGCUAUGGGGCAAUCUGUUCGCAGCAAGAAUAAGGUGACUCGACAUCAUUAUUUCAAGGUUAGCAUAUUCAAUGUUGCUCUUGAUGCAACUCUCACCGAGAUGAAUCACCGAUUCAAUGAAGUUAACACCGAGUUAGUGGAUUGCAUGUCUUGCCUUACUCCAACAAACAACUUCUCAAAGUUUAAUGUUGAAAAACUUAUUCGACUUGCUGAAAUUUAUGCUGAGGAUUUUACACAAGCUGAACGGUUGUUGCUAAGAACUCAACUUCCUACAUUCCUUACCAAUAUUAGGAGAAGUGAUGAAUUCGAUGGAUUUUCGGAUGUUUCUACCCUUGCUCGGUUGAUGGUUCAAACAACAAAACACAGAACUUUCCAAUUGGUAUAUCGCCUCAUCGAGUUGACAUUGAUUCUUCCAGUGGCAAUUUCCUCGGUUGAGCGAAUACUUUCAGCAAUGAAGAUCAUUAAAACUGAUUUGCGCAAUAAGAUAUCAGACGAUUGGCUCAAUGAUUUAAUGGUGUGCUAUUGCGAGCAAAGGAUAUUCAAAAGUAUCCCCGAUGAUCAAAUUAUGAUACGAUUCCAGAAAAUGAAAGAUCGCAAUGGACACUUGCCUCGUGAGUACAAUGUGAUUUCUUAG